AUUUCUUGAAACAGUUUCAGCACGAAAAUCCUUCCGAGAGGAUGUUAAAAUAUUAAAGGCGCGUUCGUUUCAGCAAACGGCAUAUACAACAAAUAUUGUGUUAAUAAUGCAUUGUAAAAACAAAUAAGGAGAAUAUGUGAAUGGGUGUUACUCAAAUAAACAAAUAAUAUAAUUAAAGAAACAGAAAAAAAAAAAACAAAUUUACAGAUAUUAUGGUUCGAAGGAAGUGUGUGUGUAUUAGUGAUGUUGCAACUAUUUGCAAGCGAAAACACUUUCAAAGUGGCUAAAUAUUUAUUUAAAGUAUUUAAUAUGUGCUCAAUUUUUUGCGAAAAAUAAAAAAUAUUGCAUUUGAAAAGUAAAACUAGUGAAAAGCGAAACAAAAUAAAAAAAUCACAAAAACCGAUUUAGGUAAAGCUAAGUUAAACGAGCGAUCGAUGAAAGUGGCGGCUAUCUAGCACGUGUCCAUUCUGGCAACAGCCGUUUGGUGUAUGCAACUCUUGACGAGCUGUUGGAUUAUAUUAUAUACUAUAUGUAUACAUGCAUGUAUAUAUGUAUAUUGGUAGUUGCGAAAUAAGUUGCAUCUCAAGUUAAAGCUGUGAAGUAGUUUAAAAUAUAUACACAUAAGUACAAAUGUAUAUUGUGCUAACAGUGUGGUUGUGAAGCCUAUAAUGUGUAAGAUGAAUUACGAAAACAAGAGUGAUUCACAGAAAAUGAGAAUUCGAUUUGGAAAAUUACUUAACAAGUAAUCAGUUUGAAUAAAGUGGUGAGAUCCGAAAUUACAUGUACGGAAAGUGAUACGUUAUACUUUUGUUCAACUGACGUAUUUAAGGUGUGUGCAAAUACUCGGAAUACAAAACCAACAAGCAGGUGUACUAGGAAGCCACAAGCUACUGCCAAUUUCGAGCUAUUUGGUGUCAAUCGAUAAUUACGUGCAGAACAAACAUUUCAGCUAUUAAAUCAACAAUACUUUUGAAUGAAAUUAAUGAGAUUGCCGCACACAGCACGCCUAAAAUAAAACGCUGCAAACAAAUCGUCAUUCCAAUGCCAAAUUUUUCUGUCAGUUACACGGGCAGGACAAUGUGAAAAUAUCGACCCAUAGGUGAAAGUCAACAAUGGCGCAAUGACAAGCACGGCUGUUAAAGAGAGCAGAAAAGCGAAAAGUGCUCGCGAAUAAGACCUGCUGCGCUUCGUGUGUAAAACAAAGGAGUGGUGGCCGUGGCGUGAAGGGCGCCAGUGUUGGUUUUGCGUUACACAAAUUGCUGUCGAAAAUUAAAAGGCAAUCAUGCUGAUGGAUCACUUGCGUCGCUUCGGCUUGCUCUUCAGCACCCAUUUGUUGCUGCUUAUGCUGCUAGAGACCAAAACAAUAUGUGGAGAUGUGCCGCCUCACUAUUGGGAAACACCUUAUUCUCAGCCCUACUUUGACAACUCGUCGAGACGUGAAGUGACAGCGACAGUGGGCCAGGCAGCGCUGUUACAUUGUCGCGUGCGCAAUUUAGGCGAUAGAGCGGUAUCCUGGAUACGUAAACGUGACCUGCAUAUACUCACCGUCGGCAUACUCACCUACACGAAUGACCAACGAUUCCAGUCGCUGCACACAGAGGGUUCCGAUGAGUGGACCCUGAGGAUAUCGUCGCCGCAGCCAAGAGAUUCUGGCACAUAUGAGUGUCAAGUGUCCACAGAGCCAAAGAUAAGUCAAGGCUUUCGACUGAACGUAGUUGUAUCUCGUGCAAAAAUUCUUGGCAAUGCAGAACUUUUCAUCAAAAGCGGCAGUGACAUAAAUCUCACCUGUCUCGCCAUGCAAUCGCCCAUACCGCCAUCCUUUAUAUAUUGGUAUAAGGGUAAACGCGUUAUGAAUUAUUCACAACGUGGCGGCAUAAAUGUCAUAACGGAACGUUCGACGCGUACCAGUAAAUUAUUGAUAGCCAAGGCAACGCCAGCCGAUUCUGGGAAUUAUACAUGCUCGCCGAGCAGUUCAGAUUCUGCAUCGGUGGUGGUGCACGUCAUCAACGGUGAACAUCCGGCCGCCAUGCAGCACGGCAACAGCAGCGCUAAUCGCCUCUCCAGCACACUACACGGCUAUCUCCAUCGAAUAACCCGAAGCGCGCUCACCACACUGGCCGCAAGCUUUACCCAAGUGACAACAACAGCUAAAUGUCCAAGUGCACAUCCUUUGGACACCGGCCUGCAGCAACGACAGACAGUGUGGCCGAUGACGUUGUUCUGGCGCUUGCUACAACAACUGCUGCUCGCCGCGGCCACAACAAAUUGGUGCAUCGUGUCUGUGGGCUGGUUGCUCUCCAGGUGGGCCCUGCAAUGCGGUCAAUGGCAGCACCGUCAAGCACAACUGCAACAACAACAACAAUUGCAAAUGCCGAGACAUGAAGUGCGACGGCCACUAGAGACGCAUUGCUGGUGUUGGUGGCGGCAUUGGCGGCGAUGGUCGGCUAGCGCUUCGUUGCUUAGGUGAUUGCAAAAUUGAGCAAAAGCGCUCAACUAAUCGAGUAUGGACAGAUACACAAUGGCAUGUAGAGGAGCAUAUUGACUGCGAUUUUACACGUUUAGUGAUUGUAGUUGUAAUUGUAUAUAUGUAGGUAUGUGUAUUAUUAUUAUUACGUUUUUUUUCUACACUUUUGUUACACCAAUCGCUCAGACUCGCUAUGGUUCAAACACACAGCUGCAUUUCGAAAAUAUGUGCAUUAGAGCAGGUCGAUUUACAGGGCGCCAAAAAAAAACGGAAAAAAGGGAUCAUUCUGAACAACUUUGACGAAGAGGCUACCGGUCUAAAACUGAUUUCGAUCCAGCGAUGUUUAGGAAGAAGUUUUUCAAAUUUUGAUAUAACUGAAUGAAAUGUUAAUAUGAAGUUAUAAUUUGAUAUUCCAUUGUUCAUUUGUCGAAAUCGAAUGGAUAACUACAUUUUCUAUAAUUUUCUACUAUAAUUUGUCGAAAUCAACUAAUUCGGAUAACUGUAUCACACACCUCUCCAAUUAUUCAGAUUUUUGAAAGUUCAUCUUAAAAAUGGCUGGCUUGAAACUGAUUUUAAACCCAUACUCUCUUAGGCAAAGUUGUUCAGAAUGAUCCGUGGAUCAUUCCCGCUCUAAUGUGUAUAUAAGUAUAUGCGUUAUUUUCUUAGUUGAUUGUUUUUCACAGAACUUUUCCCUGAAGUAACGGUUUUGGCGCUAAAAAAUCAAAAAUAAUCCUAAAUUAUAUAUCUUUGCUUAUAUAUAUAGAAUUCUUUGAUCUUUUGCAUUAAACAAAUAGACCGAGAACUUUGAAAUAAGUAUCUAUCAACAAUAAAAUUUGCGCUUCACAAAAAAGUUGUGGCUAGUUUUAUCAUAAAAAAUGUUCCUUUAAAACCAAAAUACAAUUAAAGUUGUACAACAUGUACUGAGCAUUCAUAGAGUGCACCAUGGCGUAUGCGCAACACUGUUGUUCCAUGUAAAUCACUUGCAUGAAUACUCAGUAUAUUUGAUGCAUAAUUUUAACUUCAUAAAACUUUUAAACGAAAAGAUUAUCAAAUCCAUUUCUGGAGCUCAAAAUUGAUUGAAAUAACCUAAUUUUAGAAUUUUAGGUUAACUUGCUUUAUGAAAACACACGCAAAAUUCCAUCGUAUAUACUUCAGAAAAGUAAAUUGGUUUACGUUGAUUAACAUUUUAGUGUAAAAAUCGAAACUUCAGCGUCAUCAGCUAAAAUAAAAUAACUUGGAAAAUAACGCACAGCACUUAUGUUUGUGGUGAAUUUCGCUCAUACAGCAGCACUUCAUAGCCAACCAAAGCAUGACACGAGUUAUCUAUGCACUCCCACGUACAUACAUACUCGUAUAUGUAUGUGAACAGGUGUUAUUCUCUUCGCUAAAUUUUAAUAUUGAAUUAAUGUGAUUGGUUUGCAUGGAAUUGUACUCGUAUAACAGACAUUAAUACAACUUCAUUUGUACUGCAAUUUGAUCGUUUUAAAUGCAGAUUUAAUUUUCACGUUGCUACGUUGAAGCGAGCAAAGCGCAUUGUAAUCAAAUCAUGUUUUGAAUGUAAAUGAAAAUUGCAAAUAUAUGUAUAUGUAAAAAAAAAGCGAAUAGAGCAAUUGGUGAUGUAAAAUAAGUGAAUCAGUAAGCACAAGCGCCAGUGUAUAAUUGAUGUAUUGACUGUGCUGCGUACAUUUUUAGAACAAUAAUUCGUGAAAACAACGCAUUUUCCCAUUGUAUAUGAGCAAUGGGCUCAUAAUUGUAAUUAAGUCACUUGCUGUAAAUGUAUAUGAUAAAGAUUAGCAUUUAUAUGGCUUACUAAUGGUGAAAAACAUUAGUUAAAAUGCCAUAGAUUUGUAAAGACUAUAGAGUGCUGUUAGGCACAGAAAUUUCAAACAGUAUUGCAAUCAACGAAAAUUCGAAAGUACUUUAGGGGAAACGGUUACAAUAUUUACACAUGCAUUAUUUUGACGAAAUUCUUUAUUAUGAACUGAGGUACAAUGAACUUUUUUUUGAAACAAAUUGAUUACCAAAACACUGCAACUUUUUUCAAUAUUCAUUUUAUUUUGAUCUAUUCGCAAUGCAAACUCGGCUGUAACUCAGUAAGGGAUGUCUACGAUGGGAAAGAAGUUUCGAUAUGCAUUCUCUUAUAGCGAAUUUUUCUAAAUAAUGAAAUUCUAUGAUAAUAAUUAGAUUUUUCAUGCGCUUUUAAUAUAACUUUCACAAUUUUUUUUUAAAUUUGCUUUUUUUUCUAAACAAUAAAGGCAAAUAUGCAAUCCAGAGUAUGUGUCAACAAAACAAAGUGCAAUAAAAGAAAGAAAAUAUUAUAAUUUAAGGUUUUUUUAACUCACAAAGCAUACUCUAUAGUUUGUGGAAUUUGUUCGUUAGUUCAAAUAUUUCACUCUUUUUCUUUAAUCGUUUGACACAAGCGUUUGAAGAACGAUUUAUAAGCAGCACGCAACAUACCAUACCCUAGUCCAUUUCAUCCUAAAUUUUAAUAUGCCUGUAUUUAGGUGAAGUCUUGUAUUACAAAAUUUAUGAUAAAAAGCAAUACAUAUAAUGUCAUUACUACAACAAAAAUGAUGGUUUGUAAUAUGACAGGUUCGGAGAAGCAUUUCAUGUUUGUGUUAAAUCAAAAAAUUCUUUCUUUGCUUCGAGUACAACAAUUCUAUGAAUGUAGCUCUUGUGUAGAACAAAAGAUAAUUGAAUUUCAAGCGAAAUUUUAGAUAAAUUGGCAUUGGAUAAAUGGCUUUUGAAGUAAACAAAAACAAAAAUUUUACCACUCGUUGAUAAAAUUCAUACAUUUUAUUUUUUUUUUGCUAAUUUUUGCUUUUUCCUAACAUAUUUCUAUACGCUGAAUGGAGUACUAUAUAUUAAGUUUACCUAGAAGUUUACUACACCUUAAAGCAAAUAUUGAAGAUUCUUCAAAAUAUUUAUGAUGACCUGAGUCGAUUCAGUCUUUUUUAAAGUAUAAGGAAGUAUCGAAAGCCGGAGUACGGGACUUUAAUCCGCUAAACCUAACCAACUUCCAUCUCAUGUCUCUUUCACGGGACCAGUGGACAAAUUAUUACUUCAUGGAAGAGAAAAAGGCAUCUAAGUCUCCUCUAUUGUUCGGUUUGACUGACCGCUUCACUGACAGCUUUUCACUUUAUAGAGGACUCGCACAAAAGUUUAGUAAAAUUUUCCACCGCGAAACUACCUCCAAGAGUGGUUUUCAGCUUUUGCUCUAUAUACGAUAUAAAAAUCAAAGGCAAUAAUUCACGUGUUCAGUGUCUUUUAUACAUUUUGUACACACCAAACAAUAUGGGCUAUUUAUUCACAAAUGUAUAUCGGAAAUCAGUCAGUGGGUCCACCGUCGCACGCUAUAUGCGAAGCAAAUUACCAUAAAAUGAAAUCGACGGAAGUGUUAUAAAAAACACAAAUUUCAAAUUGCAAUGUAAUUUCAAACAAUUUUGACUUUACUAAGUGAAAGCCGAAUAAUUUUGCGCACUUGAAACCCGAAUUAAAAGUCCCAAUGCACACGAGAGCUUUCCCGGUACUGUAUGCCCGUUCAGCAUGAUGGCUUACCUGCUUAUGCCCAGCACCCUACGCACACUUAUUUCGCAUUACAUAAUUUUCUGCUCUGUUUCAUUGCAUCGACGCACAGGCAGUCAAAUGGACGGAUGUACGCGCGCAUACACUUAAACACCUUAACCACCUUCACAUGCAUACGCAUAUACAUGACUCCUGUGAAUGUGCGUGUGCAAAUGCAUGUGUGUAGCACAUAAGCGCGCACGUAAGCGGAAGCAGCGCCAGCACUAAGCGCUCUUGCGUGGCCAUGCAUGAAAUUCGUACGCAUACAAAUACACACAUCCCCUCCCUACUCAUUUCCUCACGCCAUGUGGCAAUAAUUUACUAAAAUUUUUAUGCACCCAUAUGUAAGUAAUUGUCCUCCACAGCGCUCGUUCAUAAAAAAUACAUUAGGACAUAAUUUCACGCAACGCCCUUGGUGGUUUGGUGAGCGGGUUUAAAGCACGUCAAAGAGGCUUAACUACAAGUGGAGGUUGCUUUUCAAGUGUGCGCACAUUUUUCGUGUACACAACAUAUUUGUGGCAAGGGCUUAAGUUACCAAAAAAUUGUGAAGAAAGCGUGUUAGAAAAUGUUGGUGUUGUGAAAAACCUAUGCAAGUGCACACAUUUUCUUUGUAAAUGUAAAAAAUGAAAAAAAAAAUAUUUUUACGUUUUUCUGUUAAAAAUUUGGUUAAGGGCGACUUUUUCGUGUUAGCAUACUGAUUUAAAAUUCUCGAGAGUGCGAUUUGGUGGCUGAUUCGCCUUUACAAUAACAAAGUUUUAAAGUUAGCUUAAUUUUUUUUUUUAAUUUUUCGAAAACUUUUGAAUUGUCAUCAGUGUUAUAACAGGUCUUUCAAUAAAAGCGUUACAAAUUAUGUAUGAGACUCGACUUCUUUGGCAUGGCCACCCCGGUCACGCUUCCAGAAGACCACAAGAUAAACCCAAUUUUCGACGGUUUUCAAGCAUAAAUAGGCCGAUACUGCUGCAAUUUCACGUUCGAUAUUCGCAAGAAGUUCAUCACUCGUCGCUGGCUUCUUGCCAUAGACCAUAGACUUGACGUAGCUUUACAGAAAACAGUCUAACGGCGUCCAAUCGUACGACGGAGGCGACCAAUUGACUGGGCCAUUUCGUGAGAAAACACGUCUAACAAACUUGGUUUUCAAUAAAUCGAUUGUGACACUCGCAGUGUGGCUUUCUGUUGAAAACACAUAUUCUCUAAGUUCAUAUCAGUUAAUUCGGCUCAUAUUUUGUUUAUUGACGAAAUCAUUCAGCAAGAAAUGAGCCUCAUCGCUGAAGCUGAUUUUUCUACGGAAAUCCGGAUCAUUUUCAAGUUGUUGCUCAGCUCAAUUCACGAACAUACGACCAUUCUGGUGAUCAAGCGGCUUCAGUUCCUGCGUCAAUUCGAUCUUGUAAGGAUGUUUUAUAUUUGUAUGUCAAGAUCUUUUCGCAAAAUUCGCCACAACGACGCCCAACGCUUGAGAACGACCUCUGAGAUACUGACGGAAGCGAUAUUAUCGACACUUCUUUGUCUCACUAGUAUGAGAACAUUUUGUACUGUGCCUGUGAAUUCAAAUUUUUCCGCUAGACGCUCAAUUGUUGAUCUGACAGUACGAUUAUGACGACCUUAAAUUGGACGUGCCGCUCUUACAGUUGAGGCCACUGAUUCCGAAUUUCGGUAAUAAAUUUUAAUAAAUUCAAAAGAUUGAUGGAUCGUAUAUCUUUCCAUAAUGAAACGGCUAACCUUACUGAAGAAAAAUGUCAAAAGAGCGGGAAAAAAUAGGUCGUCGUUUGUUGUCCCUAUUGAAAAACCUGUUACAUGCAUUAAAAAUAAAAUAAAAUGAAGUAAAAUAAAUUAAAAAAAUAACAGAUAAAGCUAAACGAAACAUACCCCGUAGUUUGUUUAAUUUAUUGACCACCCUAAUGUUCUUCAGCAUGCUUUCAUAUCUGACUUACUUACUAGUAAAUAUAUACAAACACAACAGCUGCUGGCGCACUCUCUUUCUCUCUCUUAUAAUAACGGCUUUUUUGUUUGUGCCUGCACUUGUACAUUUGUGUGCAUAAAUAUGUAUUGGUUCGCUCCAGGGAAAUAUAAUUUUAUUAAUAUCAUCAAAUUUUAUGCCACAAUAAUAAAAGUAGGCCAUAAUGUUGCCAAUGACAAUAUUUAAUAUUUAAUUUUGCUUUAAAUAUUUGUUUUUGUUUUUGUUUAUGUUUUUCCUACUGCCAUAAUUACUUCCUUUGUAUGCGCGCAUUGUCUAUUUCACACGAAUUUAAUGUCACACGGGACUUAAUUUUUUGGAAUCAUCUCUCCGCCCAUAGAUAACUGGAGCAUGUAAUUUGUGAAUGUAUUUAAAUUGCGAAAAUAAUGAAAUUAAUUUUUCAUUGUCCUGAAGGAUAUCGAAAAAAGCUAAAAUAUUUGCAUUUUAAUUGCGCCCAGCGCGCGUUACUUUCGAGCAUCAAUCGAAUUAACUUUCAGCGAUUGUAAUAUGUUUUGUGCCUUGAGUGAAUAUUAAUUAUUGGCAUCUGCGCUGAUACUUGGCAGAUAUUAAUAACAGCAUAUAUGUAGCUGAUGGCAGUUCUAAAAUGUUGCGGAAAAUUUAAACAUUAAAAAAGUUCUAAAAAUCAUUUUUGAAAAUUUUGCAUAAUUUUUUUAAGACAAUUUUGGAUGUGUUAUACGGGAUUUCAUAAAUAAAGAGAAUUGAGUUUUGUUGCUAUGAAAUGAGGAAUUUGCCACCAAAAUGUUGCUGGAACGUGCAAUCGAAUAUUUCCGAUUCCCUCGAAAGUUCCUAGACCGCAUAAUUUUCUGAAUUUCAAAAAAUAGUAAUUUAACCGUUUGUACUUCUAAGCAUGUAAAUAGUUAUGUACAUAAAAUAUAUGUAUAUAUAUAAAUGUAUAUAGGAAUUUUGUAGGUUAAAUUAAGCAGUUCGUUUUGGCGAAUAACGCCUCUCAUAAACAUACAUACAUACAUAUACCUUUACAUGUAAGAGAAUAUUACUCAGAUGUUGAAUGUAAAAUUAGAGCCACUUAAAACAAAAACAAUAAAGCAAAGAAUUUUUGAAAUGUGAAACCUUGUAACCCGAGAAUUACCUUACUCUACCAAGUUAAAAAUAAUAAAAAUAAUAAAAAAAAACAGUAAAAAUAAAAUAAUAAGUGUAAAACGAAAACCAAACAUAAAAACCAUUUAAACUUGAUAAAUAAGCAACCAAGCAUGAAACAGAGCUAACGUUAGUAAGCAUUUGGACCUACUGAAAUGAGCGUUGUUCAAAUCCAAACAAAGCACAAAAUAUAAAUAUAUUAAAUGCUACACGUGUGACUAGAAAUGUAAGUUAUUGAGAACACUCAUCACAACACAGUUCUGAGUCUAAACGGUAAAUCUAAGCAAAUAAGAAUGAAACGAAGCGAGAAAACCAAACUACAAACAACAAAUGUUGCAUGCAUUCUUAGCGGUAUAUGAACUAGAAAGCGGUACAUUUCCGCUUAAGCCAGCGCGAGAAUGGCAGGAGUAGUUGCUGAACAUAGUUCCGGUCACACUAUUCCGCCGUUGAUUACUAAUUGUUAGCAUUAAAUUAGCGUAAGUCACAUAUGCAGCCACAUGCAGUGGCGAAUUAGCCAUAUUUAUAGACGAAUAAAGUAAAAACAAAAACAGUUAGUUAGUUAAGUUAGUAAAAAUAAAUACAAAUUAAUUACCAAUGUAAAAAAUAUUUUUUAUUUGUAUUGAAAUAUUAAGUGUUUUUCGUCGUUCUCUUUAGUUUAGAUUAUAGAAAUUUAAGAUUUGGCGGGAGAAACGAUGACACAAAAGUGUUGUAAAAUAAAAAGUAUAUGUUAAAAUUAAAGAAAAAAAAA